UAUAUAUAUAUAUAUAUAUAUGUAUAUGUGUGUGUGUGUGUGUGCGCAAGUGUGGGAGACACGAAUACAGCGCGUUCCAGCGCGUGGAACCGAGCGGCUCGGAUGGACGGAAUCCGUUCGGUGCGGGUGCGGCGCGCGUGAACCGGAGCUGUGAGGCGCAGAGCGGGAGGAUCAAAGAGAAACCGGGUCCGGUUCUGUUGCGCAUUAAUCCAGGAGGGGAGCGCGGAUAGGAAGGAUGCCUCGACCGGGAGCGCGCGCGCGGUAACGCCAGGGAGACCGGGAGACCCCCAGGCACGCUCGCGCCGAGCAACGGGACCGAGCAAACUCCGGGCUCGCGCCGAGGAACCGGGGACUCAACAUUUUGGUGGACCGGGAUUUUGGACCCGCACACGCACCACUGCAGAAACGCAAACGGGCGAGACGGACACACACACACACACACACACCAUUGUGCUGGCUGUGUUAGACACAGCUACAGCUUUCUACACACACACACACACACACACACAGCUGUACAAAACUACAAACCUAGACACACCCACACAGACGUGUGUGUGGGAGCAGUGGUCCAGUUGAACCACACUCACACACACCUAUACAAAACUACACACCUGUACACACCUAGACACACCCACACAGACCUGUGCGUGGGAGCAGUGGUCCAGUUGAGUCACACACACACACACACACACACACACACACACACACCAUUGUUCUGGCUGUGUAAGACUAUUACAGUUACAGCGUUACACACACACACACACACACACACACACCAUUGUGCUGGCUGUGUAAGACUUACAGUUACAGCGUUCUACAAACACACACACACCUAUACCUACGCGUACCUAUACAAAACACACCUGUACACACCUAGACACACCCACACAGACCUGUGUGUGGGAGCAGUGGUCCACACACACACACACACACACACCUGUAACUCCGUCUAUGUGUGUGUGAGCGGGGGUCAGGAUGCAGGUCUCCUUCGCGUGCACGGAGCACAACCUAAAGAGCCGCAGCGAGGAUCGGCUAUGCGGGCUGCGCUCCGCCCCGCCACCAGGUGGCAACAGCGGAGGAGGAGGCGGCGGGACCGGAGGCGGGCUGGAGAGGAGCGGCGUGCAGGUCAGUAACGGAAAUUACGCCACGCAGAACUCCAUCAAGAUCCGCGACAUCACCGCGUCUCGGGUCGCCAUGCAGGGACACGCCCACAUGAAGGAGGCGUUCGGCCGGCACAGCAGCAUGAAGUACAGGAAUUUGGGGAAGUCGGGGCUGCGUGUGUCCUGUCUGGGUCUCGGAACCUGGGUGACGUUCGGCUCGCAGAUCUCAGAUGAGAUGGCGGAGAACCUGAUGACAAUAGCGUAUGAGAACGGUGUGAAUCUCUUUGAUACUGCAGAAGUUUACGCCUCAGGAAGGGCGGAGAUCACGCUGGGUAAUAUCAUUAAGAAGAAAGGAUGGAGGAGAUCCAGUUUCGUAAUAACGACCAAGAUCUACUGGGGAGGACAGGCGGAGACAGAGAGAGGCCUGUCCAGAAAACACAUCAUCGAAGGUCUUCGAGGCUCGUUAUCCCGACUGCAGCUGGAGUACGUCGACAUCGUGUUCGCUAAUCGGAACGACGUCAACAGUCCGAUGGAAGAGGUGGUACGCGCCAUGACGUUUGUCAUUAACCAGGGCAUGGCCAUGUACUGGGGGACGUCUCGCUGGAGCGCCAUGGAGAUCAUGGAGGCGUACUCGGUGGCGAGGCAGUUUAAUCUGAUCCCCCCGGUGUGUGAACAGGCCGAAUAUCACUACUUCCAGAGAGACAAAGUGGAGGUGCAGCUCCCCGAACUCUACCACAAAAUCGGUGUGGGGGCGAUGACCUGGUCUCCACUGGCGUGCGGGUUGAUCACAGGUAAAUACAGCGACGGUGUACCAGAGUGUUCCAGAGCCGCAAUGAAGGGGUAUCAGUGGUUAAAGGAGCGGGUGCACAGUGAGGAAGGCCGCAGGCAGCUGGCAAAAAUUAAAGAGCUUCACAUGCUGGCCGAUCGACUCGGCUGCACCGCCGCCCAGCUCGCCAUCGCUUGGUGUUUGCGCAGUGAAGGUGUUAGUUCUGUUUUGUUGGGCGUCUCAAACACAGAUCAACUACUGGAGAACCUGGGAGCUCUGCGGGUUCUCUCUCAGAUGACUCCUCAGACGGUGAGUGAGAUCGACGCCCUGCUCGGUAACAAACCGCACUCCAAAAAGGAAUCACGGGCGUGAGAGAGGAACGGCGGGCCGGUACGAGACGGGACGCAGAACGACAUGAGACCGGGAUCGAGCGUGGCUGGGAUCGGUGAUAAUGGAUGGACGAGUCCGAAGGAUUGCUUUCGCUUCCUCCCCCUCCUGUAUACAACCUGCAUCUUCCUGCAUGGCUCCUGCGACCACCGGGCUUCCAGAACGAUCCAAACAUAACCCACGGCUGAUCCUUUAUAUCAUCUAUAACUACACUUCUAAAAAAUAAAGCAGAGUUUUUACUCUCGAGGAGAAAGACAACGAGAAAAACUGGAUUAUUUACGCAGUUGAUGCGAGAAACGGAACAUCACGUCUUCCAGAUGAAGCAGUUUUAGGAGGAUUGGACCAAAAACAUACUCCCUCUGCCAGAAUUCAGUAUGAUGGUUUCAGGUGUGUGUGUGUGUGUGUGUGUGUGUGUGUGUGUAUGUUAGUCAAAGUCUUUUGUAUCCCACAACAGGCAUCAUUCCAGGAUGGCUAACAUGUGCUUCCUUCAAGACAUGUUUAGCCAGCCGACAGAAAGACAGGGAGAUGGGGGAGACGAGGAGAAGCCGUCAUCACCAUCAUCAUCAUCAUCAUCGUGAACGUUUUAUACUGACCCGACCUGCAUUUCCACCGGUUUAAAAGCAGAAACCAGUUUAUAACUCGAGGCCGACGUUUCCUGAUGCGUGGCAUUAAAAUAACAAAUGUGGAGGAUCUAACGAGGCUCAUUGCUGAUGAAGAGGACUUGUUUCUGAUACACCCCUGUUCCAUUUGGAAGGGAGUUCCUUGGGUAGGCAGCAUCUUGGGCAGCAUUAGUACUUCCAAGAUGAAAACCGUCCCAUAAAAAAUAAACAACGCUGUGUAAGAUUCCAAGACUUUGGCAAAUUUCAAAAAAGCAUGCAUGUCAGCAAUCCCAUGAUUCACUUUGCCAGACCAGAGCUUUGCUGAAUAAUGCAACCAAACAAUCGUCCUCAACUGAACACAAGAUGUUUGAGAUUUUUAGACAGGACAUGCCAUCCCUUGAUUUUAAGCUCCUGAUGAAAGGGGAAGAGGUUCUAAUGCUGUUCUCAUUUGGGCUCUGGGACCAUGCCGGCUGAAAACAUCAGGGUUGUGUGUUUGUGUGUGUGUGGGGGGGUGUUCGAAACUGAUUUGGAUUUUAACAUCACAGCAUCACAGACCGAACAUGCAAAUAAUCAACCUUCUUCCUCCAUCAUCCUCCCCUAUAACUGUGCGCAUGACCCUUUAAAAUAGCCCCCACUGUGUGUGUGUGUGUGUGUGUGUGUGUGUGUGUGUGUGUGUGUGUGUGUAAUCUCUGGACUGUAUCAUUUGCACAAUCUGAUCUGGGUCUAAAGUCAGAAGCGAACGUCCGAGUCCUGGUGUUUAUCAGACCUGCAUCCACAGUGUGUGUUUGUGAAAGAUUGCAAUCAGUGUGGGGACAUGACGCAGUGCUGAUCUAUACACACACACAUGAAGUGUUUCCAUCCAAAGGUCUUACGCACAACUCCAAAAAGUUAGAGGUGUGUUUCCACUGACUCUUGUGUGGACGUAAAUGCAUGCACGAUGGCGCAGUGUGUAACACUGUCGCCUCAAAGCAAGAAGGGUCUGGGUUUGAUUCCCUUUCCAGUCGGCAAGGGUCCUUUCUGUGUGGAUUUUGCAUGUUCUCCCCAUGUCUGCAUGGGUUUCCUCAGCAAGUCCAAAGACAUGCAGUCAGGUUAAUUGGAGCUACUAAAAAGUGUGUGUGUGUGUGUGUGUGUGUGUGUGUGUGUGUGUGUGUGUGUGUGUGUGUGUUUCAGUGUUUGCCCUAUGAUAGACUGGCAACCUGUCUGGGGUUUUUCCUGCCAUUUGCCCAAUGAAUCGGACCCACCGUGACCCUGACCAGAAUAAAGCUGUGGUAAAACAGACGAUUAAUAAAUAAAUAAAAUAUUUUAAAUUAUUAUUUCAAUACUUGAGAGAGUAUCUCAUCGUUUGGAGAUACUAAGUCAUUAAUAUCUCAAAAUAAUGGCACAUCAUUUCAUUUAAUAAUAAUAAAAUUAUAA